GUCAGCUCUGAGAUUGUGUGAAAAUUCGAGGCUUCAUUUGAGGGUAUGGCUUCCUUAAAACUUCUUCUGAUAACUCUUCUUGCCUUGAUGUUCAUCUGCAGCACUUCUGUAGAAGCAAGGAUCAAGCACCAUCAUCCUAGGCCAAGGCCGCCCCACCAUAAACCGAUCCAUCACCAUCCUCCCAAGCCAAUCCAUCGUCCGAAGCCUCACCAUAGGCGCCAUCGCUUUUAGCUCAAACAUCUUCCUAUGAUAUAUUUGAUGGACUACUUUGCUGCAUGAUUGACUUCGAAAGUGGCAGAGUAUUUGUACCAUAAUG